AAGAAAAAAAAAAAAAAAAGGAAGAUUAAAAAAUUACAAGGCUAGAAAUAGAAAAUUUACGAAAAAGAGACAGGGCAGAAAAAAGAAAAGUUAAUGGGCCAUGUAAUUCCGAGUCGUCAUGUCGGUUGCUGCCGAAGCAUAAAUAGGUUGACAGGGCCGGGCCUGGGAUGAGAUGCGAACUCUAAGCUUCGAAGCCUAUUAUUAUACUUUCUGUUGAUCUCUCUGCCGAAGCUCUUGACCAGAACCUAGUCUAGACCGGGGAUGGAUAACCACGCAGACUCGACGGCCAAGACCGCCACGGCGGGUGAAGCCGAAACGGAACGUAUUGAAGUUCACGAUGCAACCCAGCGUGUCCAAGAGCAGGCCCAGACAGACAGAUGGCGCUCGAUCAAGGCGAACCCCAAGCUUGUCCUGCUUGCCCUUUUCGCAUCUUUUGGCGGUUUCGAAUAUGGCUACCAGCAGGGCAUCCUCUCCCAGUCGCUGGCCAUGUACCGCUUCAAGGAGAACUUCCCCAGCGUCGUCUCCUCACCCACCGCGACCGGCUGGCUCACUUCCAUCCUGCAGCUCGGCGGUAUCCUGGGCUCCCUGACCGCCGGCAUCCUCAGUGAGGUCAUCUCGAGAAAAUACACCAUGUUCACCGCCUGCUGCUGGGUCAUCCUGGGCAGCUACCUGUACAUUGGCGCCACCGCGGGCAAGCCCGACCUCUUGUACGCCGGCCGCUUCUUUACCGGUCUCGGCGUUGGUCUGUUCAGUGGUGUCGGUCCGCUGUACAAUGCUGAGAUCUCGGCGCCCGAGACGCGUGGUUUUACUGUCUCGUUUUACCAGUUUGCCACCAUCUUUGGCAUCUUCCUCUCCUUCUGGGUCGGCUACGGCAGCAACUACAUCGGCGGACACGACGCAACCCAGUCCGACAUGGCAUGGCGCCUCCCGUCCAUCAUCCAGGGCAUCCCCGCGAUCCUGCUGGCCGGCGGUAUCUGGUUCAUGCCCUUCUCGCCGCGCUGGCUAGUCAAGAAGGGCCGCUACGAAGAAGCGCGCAAGACCCUGGCCUGGAUUCGCAAGAAGGAGCUCGACGAUCCGCUCGUCGAGGUUGAGCUGCUCGAGAUCAGGGCCCAGCAGCUGUUUGAGGAGAGGGCCUUUGCGCGCGCCCUGCCCCAGUACGCCAACAAGGAGAACCGCAACCCUUGGGUCCACGAGAUCGUCGCCUACGUGCAGUGCUUCAAGACCUGGGAUAACGUCAAGCGCGUCGCCACGGCUUGGCUUGUCAUGUUCUUCCAGCAGUGGUCUGGCAUCGACGCCAUCAUCUACUAUGCCACCAACGUCUUUAUGAGCUUUGGCUUUACCGAGGGCACCAUCGCUCUGCUGGCGACGGGCGUCACGGGUGUUGUGUUUUUGGUGUCGACCAUUCCCGCCAUGUUGCUCAUCGACAAGCUCGGCCGCAAGCCCAUGCUCUACACUGGCUCCAUCAUCAUGUUCCUGACCAUGGUCACCGUCGGCAUCGUGGUAGCCAAGUUCCAACACGACUGGCCCAACAACCCCGCCGCGGGCUGGGCGUCCGUGAUCCUGAUCUGGAUCUACAUUGGUGCCUUUGGCUUCGGCUGGGGCCCGGCCUCGUGGGUUGUCAUCUCGGAGAUCUUCCCUCUCAGCAUCCGCGCCCGCGGUGCCUCGAUCGGCGCCUCGUCCAACUGGCUCAACAACUUUGCCAUCGCCUUCUUCGUGCCGCCCAUGUUCCAGACCCUGGCCUGGGGCACCUACAUCUUCUUCGCCGGCUUCCUCGCCGCCGGCAUCGCCUGGAUCUACUUUUACCUGCCCGAGACCAAGGACGUCAGCCUCGAGGAGAUGGACCGCGUCUUUGGCAGCCACACGGGUGCCGAGGACGCGAGGCUGCUGGCUGAGGCGCAACGCGACGUCGGCUUGAUUGACUUUCUCAGGAGGGCCGAGGGCAAGUCGGUUGAUGUCGAGGCGGAGGAGAAGAGGCAGGAGCCUGUAGUUUAGGGGGCGUGCAUCAUGAUGUCGCCGUGGUUUGUAAUAGGAGAGCACAGGGUGUAUGAGGUGUACAGAUGAUUGAGAGAAGCUUUUUUUACAAGCUAAUCUAUUUGUGUUCAUAACCGAUCUCCAGUUUUGACUAUAUGAUCAGUAAGUUUAGAUACCCAUUUAGGUAGUGAAGAAAAAUAAUACUUUUUCUAGAGUGCA